UCCUGAAGGAAACAAGAUAAGAUCGAAAAGCGCACUUGCGGAGUAUUUUCGGAAAAUGGGGGAGACGACGCUGAAAGCGGAAGAUUUUGAUUUUACAGCUCCUUGUCAGAGGAGUACCCGCUCGAGGGUGAAAAGAUACAGCGCAAAAGCUGCGAGAACUGUUCUAGAGAAUGAGGAUUCUCACAGUCAGGUGCAAGGCCUCAGUGUGCAGAAUGGUGCAGAGGCCAGAACUGGAAACAUUCCGGCUGGGAAUGAACACCUGGGAGACGUUACAUCCUCUCUGGAAAGCGAAGAUUUGAUCGUGAAAGGCAUAAACCCAGAGGAGUGUUUGAAAACCAAGAAAAAGGGGGCAGAGGAGGAAUGUGUGGAGACAGGUUCUAGUGACAUGUCUGCUGCAAAAUCUGAAGAGAAAACUGAUGGAUUGGAAAUGGGAAGAGAGACAGAUGGGAGAAAUCCAGGUAACCAGGAUUUUAAAUCUGACACGGAUGCUAUCGUCUCGCAGCCCUGUGAGAGGAAAAGCUUCACAGAAGUUAAAAUGCCGCCAGGUAUUUAGGAACCUAUCCCACGAACACAAGUGGACAGGAGGAAAACAAGUCCGUACUUUUCAAGUAAAUACAGCAAAGAAGCUCCCAGCCCACCCAGAAGGAAGGCCCUCAGGAAAUGGACCCCUCCGCGUUCUCCUUUUAAUCUGGUCCAAGAAACGCUUUUCCAUGAUCCAUGGAAACUUCUCAUUGCAACCAUAUUUCUCAAUAAAACUUCAGGUAAAAUGGCAAUUCCUGUUCUCUGGGAGUUCCUUAGGAAAUAUCCUUCUCCUGAAAUAACUAGGACUGCAGACUGGAAAGAAAUGUCCGAGCUGCUCAGACCUCUCGGCCUCUACGAACUCAGAGCGAAAACCAUCAUCAAGUUCUCGGAUGAGUACCUCAACAAGCAGUGGAAGUACCCCAUCGAGCUGCACGGGAUCGGGAAGUACGGGAACGACUCCUACAGAAUCUUCUGUGUCAACGAGUGGAAGGAGGUGCAGCCGCAGGACCACAAGUUAAACGUGUACCACGCCUGGCUCUGGGAGAACCGGGAGAGACUGAGCAUCGGCUGAGAGGAGC